GGAGGGGAAGUUCCUCCGUUGGUGGCGGUUGUGUCUUUGUAGUAGUCCGGUCAGAUUUUUUUCAAUGGAGUGUAUGUGUUUCUCAAUACGACUAUAAAAUAGAAUAUGGCGAGCAUUUGAUGACUGGACGUAUAUGUACGAUCUAGUGUUAACAGCCAGUUGUUUUUUGCUGACAUAGCAUCGAAUAUACAAACUGCUGAGAUUAUGCUUGUAAUACGAUCUUCACGAUAAAUCGUAUCGAAACGUAAAUCGACAAAAGUAGUAAUCCUCAUAAAUGUUAACCUUCUUAACGAGAACAAAGUUAGAUUCUACAUUAAAGUAAAUUUAAAUUUUGCGCGAGGUCGGUAAUGCCAUUAAGUUUAGAAUUGUGUUAAAUAUUCCUGAGAAUGUGGGGAUAAGCGGUGAUAUAUUAGCAGAGUAUCGUGGUUUCUAAGAAAUGACAUUCUGUUUCAAAAUAUUUUUGUUUAAUAUCUAUUACCAAGGUCAGUGAAUUGUCAAUUAAAAUUGUCAUCAUAAAACCCCUUGUAUGAGAUAGAAAUAGGGAUGUUAUGCUAUUAAAAAGACAUCGAAACACCAUGUACAGUUUCGAAGGAGAUUACAGACGUAAACCUCAACAAAAUUUAGCUGGUGCCAGUAAAAGGAAUGAUCGAGCAGAGAAGUCAGUCCUCUUGCAGCAUGCGCAAUUGGAACGUUUAAAAAGAGAGCAACAACGUAGAAGGCACAAUGCAGCAUUAAAAAUUCAGGCACUUGUGCGCAGCUUCAUUGUCAGAAAGCAUAUGAGAAUGGUGGUGAGGAAAGAAUUCGACGAAGAACAACAAAUAACUGGUCGUAGAAAUGUGAAUCUAGAUGACUUAGUAAUAUAUUUUCGAAAAUUAUUAUUCUUUUACGAUUAUACUCUGGAUACCGGUAGACUUGUUUGGACAUUUCAACAUUUUCUAAAGCACGAGCAAGAAAUUAAACAAAAAUGUGUAAACUGUCCUGAGUGGUUGUGGAGAUUACGAUGGAUGCUUCGUAUGUGUAUGCAACAUAAUUCAGAAGCCUUAAUGGAUGGAGCUUAUUCGUUGGCCAUACCAUUAAGAGCUUUAGAAACGUUUACUAGUCGAGAAGAUACGGGAAAGGUCUUAAGAGGGAGUAGUUAUAAACAUCUAGAAACCAUCUUUAUAUAUUUGAUAAAGCACAAAUACUUUGAUCAAUUAAGGAAAUUGAUAAACGAGAAAGUCCCGCCUUUGUUGGAACCUACUUCUAUCCCAGCAACCCCUAUCUCAAAAUGUUUAGUGGAUAUGAUAAAGCGACCACUGGACUUAAUUUCCUUCCUAGACCAGAAAGAUGAUUUUUCUAUGCUCGUUUUACAGGAACUUUGUAGAAGUAUACUAUCUCCAAGAAUGUCCGAUCCUAUUCGGAUGUUUAUUAUUCCAUCAUUGUCUGAAUUCAAAGAAUUUCCAUACAUUCAAUUAAUCGAUUGCAUCAACAGAAUGGAAAUAGAGCCUACAAUAAGUUUGCUUUAUUCCAUUUUAUCCUUAGAAUCGAAUCGAUUCACAACGUGUAAAUUUAAAGAUGUUCUUAUUAACUAUUUACAAGUACUCGCAUCCACGAGUUCGACGAUAAUCCCGUUGGUCGCAGAGGAAAGCACGGAGCAAGCAGAUGAUUCGGAUACGGAAUCGAAUGUAAACAUGAUCGAUAAAGAAGAAGCUGAUGUUUUACAUCAGUGCCUGGAAAUGCUGAACGAACAGCAACGUGUUCAGAAAAUACUUUUAGCGGUGGAUCGUAGCAAAGAUCCGGCCGUGUUGCAACCUUUGUGCCAACUUUGUCAUCAUUUGCUGAUUACCAACAAAUUAGCCAUUCACAAGUAUAAAUUAUUAUACAUGCUCGCAUUCAAGCCAGUGUUUCUCAAGAAUUUAUGGACCGUUCUGUUGUCAGUUUGUCAAAUGUCGUUAUUCGGUGGAGCGACACCUCUACUGCAGAUUAUGUCGCAGGGACUCAGUCUUUCUAGCGAAGACACGAAAAAGAUAGUUCCGCUGUUAGCCGUAUUUUGUUCAUUGUUCAGUUUGCUUAUCGCAACGUUGCACGACACAGAAUUCUUCAUCGAAACGACUGAACAGCCGUUGGACACCAACGGUCAACAAGCAAUGCCAUUCACCAUCUCGGAAUUGGUAUUGCUCUCUGGCCACUUGAAAGGGGUUUGCUUGGGCUUAGUUGAGCUUGCGUUUCCCGACAGCCGGCCUACCGUGCGAGACAAUUACAAAACCGCUGUUCUUGGUCCGUCGGGCACUAUUCAAAAUCAACAAGACACCCAAAUGUGGACGCAUCUAUUCAAAGUAACGGUUAGCUUGCUACGUCAGUUGCAUACGCGAGACUUGAGACAGCAAUUCUGUCCAGAGGGGCAUUGGAUCGCUUCGAAUAUUGCGAUACCUAUAGACAAACCUCAGAAUUUCACGUUUCGCAGGCGUAGGCUCAGGGGUUAUGUACCAUUUCAAGGGCUUCGAGUGUUUACGCGAGAGGAGCUGGAGGAAGGACCACCUUUGUCCUCGAAGGAAGUUCGAACGUUAACGCUCCUUCGCGAGAUACCGUUCGUUGUACCGUUUAGCGAUCGAGUAGUGGUGUUUCAGUCGUUAAUUUAUCGCGACAAAUCGGAACAACAAGGUGACGUGACAAACUUUAUGCAAGGUCCGUCAAUAAAGAUAUCGGUGAGAAGGAACUAUUUGUACGAGGAUGCGUUUCAAAAAUUAUCGCCUGAGAAAGAAUCAGAAUUGCGAUUGAAAAUGCGCGUGCAGCUCGUUAAUUCGGCUGGACUGGAAGAAGCUGGUAUAGACGGUGGCGGUCUAUUUAGAGAAUUUUUAUCGGAACUGUUAAAAACGAGCUUCGAUCCUAACAGAGGCUUUUUCAAGCUCACUAAGGAUAACAUGCUGUAUCCGAAUCCUACGGUACAAUUGUUGGUUGAUGAUUUCCCAAAGCAUUAUUACUUUAUCGGUAGAAUUCUUGGGAAAGCUUUGUACGAGAAUCUGUUGGUCGAGCUUCCGUUCGCGGAAUUCUUUCUAUCGAAAAUCGUUGGUCGCCAAUCGGACGUUGACGUUCAUCAUUUGGCCUCCUUGGAUCCGAUCAUGUAUAGGAAUCUCUUGUAUCUGAAGAGUUACAAAGGCGAUGUCGCCGAUCUUGGCUUGGACUUCACUAUACUGUCAGACGAGUUAGGCGAACGACGAGUCGACGAAUUGAAACCAAGCGGUGCCAAUAUUCCUGUCACGAAUCACAACCGUAUCGAGUAUAUCCACUUGAUGGCAGACUAUAAACUGAACAAGCAGAUCAGGGCACAGUGUUAUGCGUUCAAGCAAGGUAUUGGUAACGUGGUACCCUUGGACUGGCUUCAAAUGUUCAGCAACAAAGAGCUGCAAGUAUUGAUAUCGGGUGCACAAAUUCCCGUUGACGUAAACGACUUGAAAUUGCAUACAAACUACACGGGAGGCUAUGCACCCAAUCAUCCGACGAUAACUGCUUUCUGGAAAGUCGUUAACGAAUUUAGCGAUCAGCAAAAACGACAGUUGCUGAAGUUCGUUACCAGUUGCAGUCGGCCACCACUACUUGGAUUCAAGGAACUCGAUCCACCCUUCUGUAUCCAACAAGCUGGCAGUGUAGAUCACUUGCCAACCUCCAGUACCUGUAUGAAUCUGUUAAAACUCCCAGAGUUCCCGGACGAGAAAACUCUACGCGAGAAACUUUUAUACGCGAUACAAGCUGGUGCAGGCUUCGAACUGAGUUAAACCCGAUUUCUAUUGACUGUUGAGUGAAUCCUUUUAGUUAAAUCGGUGAUACCUGACUGUAUAUAACAUUAUAAGCGUAAUCAAGGUUAAGUGCGUGUUUGAGAACAAGAGAUGCGGAUGUAAAAGCUGUCAUAUUUUAUUAAUCGAUAAGCGAUAACGAUUAGAUGUUUACUACAUGCUACACGUGUACUAUGUUCAUUUAGUAAGGAAGAUAAAUCGGUUUUCUGUUUGAAACAAUACUUCGCCCGUCGAUAGAUCGAUGUUGGGAUUUGUAACGGGGCAGAACAAUUUUUGCGAGAUCUCCAUCGAGCGGGGCAAUAAACGUGUAAUAUUGUCAGGAGGGGCCAAUUAAUUAGGUAGCGUCUGAGAGGACUGCUACCGUUACAGAGAACAAAUGUAUUUGUAACAAUACGUUCGUUUAUCUUGUUCAGUAUAUAUAUUAUAUAUACAUGGACUUAUACACGUCAUACUAUAUACAUGUAUACACAAAAUCAUAUUUUUUUUCGUUGUAACACUUUUCUGCCCUUGGUCUGUAACUGUAAAUUGUGUAUAUUUUUAUGUUUUGUAUUCGUCACAAGUAUCGACACUACUGUCUACUUUGAAUGUACAUGAAAGGAUAGGAUUUAUGUAUUUAUGAAUUCGUUGAAACAGUGUGUAAAUAAAAAAAAACGAAAUCCUCGAGUGUUA